CACACACAAACACAAUUCUCUUCAACAUCUUUGCUUAUUUCAUCAUCCCUACUCUUUUCUCUUGAGUUUUCUUAUCAUGAGCAAGGAUAAGAGCAGGGCUGCCACCUCCGGGAAAUCAAAGUCCAAAUCCCGGGCGCCUACGACAUCCAUCGAGGAACGCCUCUACUAUGGUGACGGGUCAUACCUUUGGUUUGAUUCCGAGGAGGAACGCACCCGUUUCCUCACUUUUUUCUCUAAACGGGUUGUGGCUCCUCCACGUAUCAUCCCGGAGCGCUACCCGGAGCUGCAGAGCUAUGACGACCUCGACGCGCAGCUUCAUCAGGCCGGCCUUUGGCCCUUCGUCUCCCAGGCUCGGAAGGAGAUCAACCCGGCGCUGAUUCGGGUCUUCUACUCCAACCUCCGGCGUGAGGGCGACGUGCUCUAUUCUCUUGUCAAGAGCACGCCGAUAGAACUUUCAAUUGAGCAGCUUGGGCGCAUCGCCGGCCUCCCCUACCAAGGCGACGACGUCGCCCUAUAUGGCGGAGAGGACUGGGUGCUCAACAACGAGGGCCUUAUCCUCAACGAGCUUGGCAUCACCGAGCUCAUCCGCCAUGCCUCGGGCCGCCCCACCAUCCACUCCACUAACCCCGAAGGCCGUCUUCUUCUCUACAUCGUCUCCCGGAUCAUCAAACCCAGGAAGCACGGCCACACCAUCAUGUCCGGUGAAGAUCUCAAGCUCAUCCAUGCGAUCAUGCACUCGGCCCCAAUCAAUUGGGCAAAGUUUGUCAUGAUCAACAUGACGAUUGCUGCGUCCACCGACCACGAUCACCUCCUCCCGUACCCGUUCGUGGUGAUGGACAUCCUUGAAUGGUUCAAGGUGACCACCACCGUUGGCCCACUCACAAAGGCCACAAAGAUUUGGGCGAUCAUCACCCAAACCUUCAAGAAGCGGUCGGACAACGCCGGACCUGCCACUGCCGUGCCACGGCCCUGUUCUGCGGCUGGCCCAGCCAAACCCCAGACCCGGGCCAACCUUGCCUCCAUUGCUGACUCUCUCAACCGGCUGCACUUCAAAGUUCAUGGGAUGGAUGGCUACCUUGAAAGACUUGACGAGGCAGUCCAACGUCAAGGGUACGCCAUGAACGCAUACUUCCAACGCGUUAACUACGUCCCCCCACCGUACAAUGGCACGUUCUUUGGGCAGGUGUACGGUGACGAGGACGAAGACGAUGCCUCCUACGAUCCGUCAAGCUCCCCGGACGAGGACGAGUUCGACGACGCCGUUGAUGGGGAUACAAUACACAUAGUCAAAGUUUCUCUGAUCGAGGUUCGUCGCCUAGCAGAUGUCAUCCCUGUUAUGCGUUGUCCCUUUCAUCCCGUCGCUGUCGCGCAGUCAACGUGGUCGGUCGCUAUCCGGCAGUCGCUAUCACGGUCCCCAGCCGAGCCCGCUACCCGACCCGAGCCCAUAGGGCGAGCCGAGUUCAUGGGCCGAGCAGAGAAGAUCCUCCACGUGGCUGAUGGGUACCGGAUGACGUGUCUUUUGGGGCCGUCCUCCAUCACAAGCCCCCCACUCUCCGGGUUUCGUUGCAGUCAGCGAUGGGACACGAGAGAGUAUGGGCACUGUAGGAGAGCGGCGCGGGGUCCACGUGGAGCAGUUGGCAGGUCAUUGGUGCCGUUUGGGCUUCACCAUCAUGAAGGGGAAUUCCGCAAGGCGAAGCGCCUGGCCUCGGCGCCGGGUGUGACCGUGCGUCGUCCCACCCCCGAGCAGUCACUCUUUGAUGCUCCUUCGGGUUUCUUCGCUGUCCACCUCAAAUCCCUCGAGUACGGGUUUCGUUUCCCCCUCCAUCAGUUGGUCAUAGAUUUUUUCCAACAUUUUGAUCUUAUCCGUUGCCAAGUCGUGCCCAAAUCCCAUCGUUACUUGGCCGGGUUCCUCGUCCGUUGCCAAGGGACCGGGGUUCGCCCCAAUCUGGCUCGCUUCCUGUUGCUCUUCCGGUUGGCGAAGUCAUCUGGUCGGGCCAACUCUGACUCGGGUUCGUACGCCUCUAUCUUCCAGAGGCAGGAGAGGCUUUUCAAGACGAGGAAGGACUCCGCCAAGAGUUGGAAGGGGAAGUUCAUCUUCGUUUCUCUCUCCUCGGGCUCCCCUUUUCGUAAAGAGACCCUUAGUUCCUUUCGACGCCGCUCCGCGUGUGUCACCUCGGACAAGAUGCUCGAAGACGUAGAGACGCUCUGCCAAGGGGGGCCCUUCGAAGUCGGCUCGGUGGUGACGAAUGAGGCGCUAGCGGCACUCGGCUUCGUCUUCCUAUCCCCGGAGGAUACCCAGAGGAGCAUCGAAGAAGGCCCCUCAGGUGAAAUCAUGCUUUCCAGCGCCGAGCGGAUGAAGCUCAUGUUCCCGGACGCUCCGAGCGGCAACUCCCAGGCUCCUCCCUCGGGCGGCCGUCCCCCGACUCCCCCCGUGAAGCCGACACCCGAGACGACACAGAAGAAGAAGAGGAAGGAAACGGCCUCGGCCGCCGACGCUUUGCAGGGGUCGGAGUCCCCCAUGAUGAAGGACUUCGGCCAUCCCAAAUAUGUCAAGGCGGCCUUCCCCGCUCGGGUCUCCUUCCUAGACAGGGAUUACGACCCGGAGACCUUCCUGCGCAGCUUUACUCCUCCAACCAAUCGUGCCAAGCUAAAAGAUAUCGACCGGGAGACUCUGGCCUCAGAUACCUUCCAUGAGCUGGGUUCGGCGAUGAUGCGCAUGGUCGACAUGAGUCAGCUGCUGCGCGCCAGUGAGGACGACAGGAGUAGGGCUUAUGUUGAGAUAGGCGACCUCAAUGAGGCCUUGAAGGCGGCCAAGGAACAAGCUCGCCAGGCCGAGGAGCGGGCUCAGCAACUCGCAGAGGAGGUUGCUCGCAAGGCGCACCAGGAGGCUCGCGAUCAAGCCGUUGCCGAGUUCCUAGCAUCGGAUGCAUUUCAGGAGGAAGCCUUCACUCGCAUGAAUGAUUUGCUCAAGGCAUGGGGGCAGACUCUUGAGGGCAAGGCAUUCGCCCGCUCCGAAGGAACGUCGUGGUACAACCUCGGUCUGUUCCGAGCGCAGCAAGUCCUCUCGGAUAGGUUCCUUGCCGGGGAGGACUUCCCCGAGCCAUGCGACAAUCCUGAUGAGCUCGACACUUCCAUCUACUACCCGAAUGGCGGGAACUCAGCCGGCGAGCAGCCGACUGCCGAGUGAAAUGACUUGAAACUUUGUUGUAUUUGAUGUACUGCUGCUCAAGACUUUGUUUUUUUUUUUUGAAUUCGGAUAUGUUAUGACUCAAUG